UGCUUAUCAGUAGCACUGGUGGUAUGGUAUAAACUGGACGAUAACACGCAUAUAUGUCUAUAGAGGCUAGAGAGCACCACCCGCUCAGUGCUAAUUUGGGCCAACGCGAGGGGGCGACUACAGAGUGAGUCAUACCGACUGUCCGUAUGAUUAAGUGUAAAAUCAAUGUUCUGGAACCGUUGAGCAUGCAACGAAUAGUGACAGUUUCUUUCUUCUCUACACUGUUGCGGUUGAAUGGCAGCCCUCGCUAGCACUCGCCGGACGAUCGCAAGAUAGUGAAGAUUGGAGCGUAAUUGCAGGUCCGAUCUCGCUGUUGUUCCUAAAAUUGAUCGCGCUCUCGCGAUAGCGCAGUAUUGGUCCGUAGCUCCAACCGCGCUCAGCUCAGUGCUUGGGGUAGCAGUUUUGUGUUAUUAUUUUCACCGCAUGUGCAGUCGCUCGCUAAUCGUUUUAACGCGCGUCAGCCUAAUUGAUUGAUAAGACUGCGAUUACGAAAGAGCUGUCCAGUGACCAGUUACCUUUGGGGUGACGAUUCUGGGACCGUGGAACUUCAGUUCUUUGUUUGAGGGUAUCCUUAUUGACAAUGAUCAAGGAUCGCUUGAACGAACUGAAAAGUAGAAGAAAAUCCGGUGCCGAUGUCAGUCCGGAUGUGGCGCCAUCGAAGGAGGAGGAGGAAAUCUUCAGUAACAUGGAGAGGUUUGCUGAGCUCAACGAAUGGAUCCGGACGAUACGGGAUAACAUCGAGGAGAUGCAAGCAGCCGUGUCGACACCUGCCUUCCACUACAAUGACAAAGUAAUGAGAUCGAAGGUGGAAAACAGAAUGGAACAGAGCAUUGCACUGUGCCGAAGAAUCCACGCCUCGAUUAAACAGCUUCAGGAGGAUCUGGAAACCGAGGACGCUCGAGGGAGUAUCCUAUUCCGGGUGAAGCAUACCCAGUUGAUGGUGAUCAGAGAUGCCUAUUUGAAAGCCUACGGAGAGCACGAGGAAUUCGUUAACUACUACGAGGAUAGGAUUACGAAAAUUAUGAAGAUGGAGGCGAUAGCGAUGAAUUCCAAUCUUACGGAUGACGAGGCGACGCAGCUGUUGAUGAACAAACAGAUGUCACCGUUCGUCGGCAAUAUUCUCGAAGAAACGGAGAAGGCACGCCAGAUGCUUCGCGACGUAAUGGCACGCCACACUCAGCUGGUUGAGCUAGAGAACUCCCUGGUUGAGAUACGAGAUUUGUUCGUCCGGAUAUCGACGCUGGUGAUGGAGCAGGGAAGUCUGGUGCAGGUGAUCGAGUAUCACGCCCAGCAGGCUUCGAUGAACACGGACCACGGGACCCAACAGCUCGAGAAGGCGCGUGAGAAUAAGAUAAAGGCACUGAAGAAGAAAUCCUGUCUCUACAUUUGGGUGAUUGUGAUUUUGGUGCUUGUGUUGGUUAUAAUAAUAUUCUAG